GCCCAGCCAGCCCUCCAUCUGCAAACAUGGCAGCGGCGGCGGCGGCGGCGCCUGGGAGGCAGGCAGGCGGAGGAGGAGGAGGAGGCGAUGGCUGCGGUGGCGGAGAGGGACCCCCUCCAUCAGAGCAGGGAUAAAUAAGACAGGCUCACCCACCUCUUUUCUCCCGCCUCCCCCCUUGUCCUCUCCCUCCACCUUUCCACCCUUCGCCUCCCCAAUAAUGUGGAAACUCAACAAGAGCGGCAAAGUUCUCCUGGACAAUUCCCCAGAGGAAGAAGAGAGCCGUCAGCAUGAUUCGCCACCUCCAUCAUCAUCAUCGCCAGCAGCCACUUUCUCAGCACAGGUCCAAGGUGCAGGCUUUCGAGGCUGGAAAGAGGUAACAUCCAUAUUCAAUAAGGAGGAUGAGCAACAUUUACUAACAGGAAGUAAAUCUCCAAAAUCAAAAGGAACAAGUUCAAAAUUAAAAGAGGAUGUGAAAUCAGAAAAGAAAGCUGGAUUUUGGGACAGUUUGGUAACAAAACAGAACCUCCCGUCCAGGAAGCCAGAUGAGAUUGAAGGAUGGGAGCCCCCACAGAUUCCUUCCGGUGACCUACUCAGCGAUGCAGGAAAUGCUUUAAGUGACUAUUCAUCUUGGUCAGGCUGGGAAGAUGAAACCAAAGGCUCCACAAAAUACACAAACCUGGCAAGUUCAGGUAAUAGUUCAUGGUGGAGUAUCAAAUCAGCUGGAAGACUGGUUAGUAUUAGGCGACAAAGCAAAGGUAACCUUACUGACAACUGGGAAGAACUAGAAUGAAACAAAGAAUGUCAAAUGUUCUAUAAAUGAUUAUAGGUGAUGUGAUUUAUGUAUAUUCUCAAACCAAAAUCAAAACUGCUUAUUAUUGCACCUUUUUACAAACAAUAUUAUUCAAAUUGUCCAGUAGUUGCUCACAUUAUUGUAAGUUUCUCAGUCUUUCUGUUUUCCAUGCUGAAGAAAAAAAUCAAACUACUGCUUUUUACUUUUGUGUCACAUAUUCAUACUGUAUAGUGUCUUGUUUAUUUAAAAAAAAGCUUUAUGAAUGUACACAGUGGAUGAAUAUUGAUUGCCUUAUAUAAGAACUUCACUAAUAUGAAGUUUUAGAUUUCUUGGUCUUUGAGCGUAAUUUUAUAUUUGAAUGCUGUCCUUGUUAUUUAAAAAUGCUUAUUUGCAGCUGACACUGCAUUGUUUCAACUUAAUACAUUGUUUUCCUUGUCUUUAGCAUGAACAUAUGAUUCUCAGGCUGACAUGUCAGAGAUCCUGCAUUUUCCCAAAGUACUGAACUGUACAUGAAGUAUAGGACUAUCAUGUGCUUUUCUUCUUCCACUACAAAGACUUCAGAGAUCAGUAGAAUAAGUCUCUCUCUCUCUCUCUCUCUCUCUCUCUCUAUAUAUAUAUAUAUAUAUAUAUAUAUAUAUAUAUAUAUAUAUAAAAUUUAUAAUUCAGUUAAAACAGGGUUGCACCAUCGCAAGCCAAACAUUGGAAACCAAACCAAGCAGAGGUAACAGCUAAGGUCUGAUUUUUGUAUUCUCUACAUCCCUGUAAUAAACAUCAAAAACAGCUUCUGUACAACUGGGCUCCAUCUUGCAGAAAUAACAGAAUCAAAGUCUCAUCACUUGCGUAAACUGGAUCACAGGGAUAUUCCCCAUACCAUUGCUGUUUGUCAGCUGGGACUCUGUUCAUACCACAGCUGUGUGGUGGAGCUUGCCUGCACGGAAGUAAUGUUUUCCACAACAACUGCAUCAUUCAGAGAAUAUAGGUAUCAGGCCUCAGCUUCAGAAAAUAGGGUCUGUGUGUGCAGAUACAUUAUUCAUCAGUUUAGAGCAGUGGUCUUUAACCCUUGAUCCACCAAAUGUUUUGGACAUCAGCUCCCUGGAUCUUGGACCACUGUUUGUAGUGGCUGGAGCAUCUUUGAGUUGCAGCCCCAAACAUGGGGAGGAUCAGAGGUUGAUAACCAGAGAGGUGAGUCUGCAGAUGUUGUUGAGCUACAGCUUUUACUUGCCCUAGCCAGGAUAGGCAGUGGUGAGAAAUGCUGGGAGAUGUAGUUCAGCAAUAUCUGAAGGGCCACACAAUUUUCAAAGGAUGGGUUUUCAUACUUUGUCUUUCUUCUCCUUAAACUACAACAAAGUUGUAUUUGAGGUUUCUUUCUUUUGUAUUUUCAGGGUGACAGAGAUUCUUUUAUGUAGAAAGAGUAUUUUAGUGGUUGCAUUCGCUGUUUUAGUCUUACUGGUCGCUGCUAUAUUAUUAACUAUAAAGAGCUAUGCAUUAUAAUACAUAUGGGAGACUGGAAGAGUCUGUGUGUUCCCGGUUGCUCAUUUUUACAAGUCCAUUUUAUUAUAAAUUUCCCAAUUUAUGAGACUAAGAAUACUACACACUACAGUAUGCCUAAAUACCACUGUGAUAUGAAAAGAAAACGCCCAAGUAUAUAAUCUGAGCAACUCCCAUUCAGUUUACAGAGGAAAACAGUCUUUGAUCCAUGUACAUCUUUUUUUUUCAUCUAUCAUAGCCAGAUUCUUAGACUAUAUGGAUUUGAAAUGUAAUAGAAGACAUCUUUGUUGCAUUUUUAAUGGCCAAUAUAACUGUUCAUCAGACCCUUUUCUGUUUUUUUUAUGGCUAUGUGUACUAGCUUCCCCCAUGAAGUGGAGGUUUAAUCAGCUGAGAAUGAUUUUGCCACAAAAUGUUGUGUGCUUGUGGAAGUGAAUCUGGUGGUGACACCAGUUGUAGGAAAGGAGUAAGUUGUAAGAAAGAGGGAAUGCAAGAGAAGGAGUAAUUAGAGAGCCAUCUUCUCGAUUUAUUGCCGCAGCUAUUGAUUUGAAAUGUAACAAAAAUUAUAUAAGUGCCUUGUUCUAGUCUAUAAAUGUUUGGUUAGAUAUUUUAAUCACUUUCUUGCUGUUCCUUAAGCAUACUUGUUUAAUUUCUGUCUUAAGAUUCUGUGAAAUGAAUAUUUAGUUCUGGUUGUUAGAAUAUUUUAUUUCCCUCAGUUGCAGACCUUUACUUAACACUGAUACCAAGCCUGUACACUUCUGCUUAUGUAAUAAGCUUAUUCAGCCAUAUGGGCACUAAAACAAACAAACAAACAAGUUCACAAUUUGCUUCCAACUAUCAGCAAUUUUUAAGUAAAAUGGACUGGUCCAUAACUAUGCAGAGAGUUCCCAUGUAAUUUUCCACCUACAAUUUAAUAACUCAAUCCACAUGUGCAAACCAGUUAUUAAGGCCAUCUGCUGUAUGGAGAAGGGACACUUUCUCUUCCUCUCUGCUCCUUCCACCACAUUCUCAGUAUCUGCUGCAGAGGUUUGAGGGUCUCUUUGGAGCAAUGUACAAUAUUAUGGUGUGAAAGAGUAAAGGAUUAUUACAGUCCUGACAUAUAUUAGCCUCUUUCCCAUAGUCUCCAUUAAUAUAAACACGCCUGGUUUCCUUCAGAAGCAGAAAUACUCUGCAAUGCCUUUGAACUUACAUAAUCCUUUGGUCUCUUUCCCUUCCUGCCCCUACUCAUUCUAAGAAAUUCCUGUGCCAGCAGGAGCUUGUGACUCCUUGCAGAUUGCAGGAUUCCUGGACUAGUCAUUCAUAAUGCUUGCAUAACAGAAGAACCGUCCACCUAUUUUGUUCAGUUAGUCUGCAACUUGGAAUUGGGUUAUCAGCUCACAUCUCCUUGCUUGCUUUUUGUUGCUGAAGAUGUGUAUUUGAAACUAGCAUCACCCAUGCUAUUUUUGAAGAAUCUCUAAUAGAGCAAAUGUAUCUUCAAACACCAAACUUUAAAGUCACAACUCUGAUGUGAUUUCUAUGGCAAAAUCUAGUCUUUUGCUUUGGGGAGUGGGUUUAAGAUUUUCAUAACUGAUCUUUUAAUGAAAAAUGCAGAUUUGUUUAGGCAAGUUGAAAUGCAAGCCGGUGAAAAUUAAUUUUCUAUUCCAUUCAGGUCAGCAGAAAGGGUGUUUAAUUUUUUCUCAUUAAAGGUGAUGGGACUUCAUAUUGCUUAACCUUGGCUGGAUCACAUCCUAUUUUUUUUCUCAUCCUGGAUGUAUGUAAUUGUAGAAUAUAGUAACUUCUUUAUGCAAAACUUUUUCUAGUUUACACUUUAUGGAGGGCCUUCCUCCAGCAGGAGUAUUAGUGUGGCACGCUGGCACCGAGCUCAGCCUUGCAGAGAACUCCAGGAGUCAUCGUGCAAGAGUUCAGGAGCUCAGGGUUUAGCAUUGUGGAAGCUUUUUUAUACUGUGACAAGCAGAGGUUCUGCCUUACACAUUACACAGUCAAGUGCCUGUACUUCACCUUGUUUGUGACGCACAGUUCUAUGUGAAAGCAGAGUUCACACAAUUUUGCUGUAUUUAGAGAGCCACUGAAGGGUACAGUUAAAAAACUGAAGUAUAUUGUAAUAGCAAACAUCCAACAUCUUGACCUUCUGUGCUGGAUAAAGCUGUUGUAGUGCAAGUGUAACUGACUUGCACUUCUGAAGCUGAAAUGUGAUUUUACACCUGAGAGGCAGGAUGGAUUUGGCUCAUUUUGCCCCACUUGUCAGAAAACCCUUCUCUUCACUGCUCAGAGCACACUAAGCCAGCCUUUACAGUGGUCCUGUAGAUGACUAGGAUGCCUAGUCCUGCUUUCUCCUUAUUCACAUUAUGGCAUACGUUGCUGUGAACACUGAACAGUGACAGUUCUUCACAGGAGCUGUGAGGGAAGCAGCAGAGCUGAUCCCUUCCCCAGCACUCAUGUCAGAUAAUGUGUUGUCCCCUCAUUAGGUCUUAAUACUGAAUCCUGGGUGCUCUGGAUGGCAGGUCCAUAGAUCAGGCUUCCAGGAGGAAUUUGAGAUACAUAAAAUAUGGCCAGAUUUAUUUAAGCUAUAAAAGGUUUUUUUAAAAUUGGGACACAUUCCAUCCAAAGUUCUGUACUUUCAUACCACAUUGAUUUCUAUGGAGUUCAGUGGCCGAAAUCCAAUUGUAGUCUCAACUAUCAUGAGCACAUUGAAUCAAUUAAAUAUGCAUUAACUGCUGAUUUACCAGUGUUCCACUGAAUCAAUGUGUCUACUGCAAGUUAGCUCAGACAAAUGGAUACUUCACUUUGGCUGGGUCAUGCCCAUGUUUUCCUAACACAGAAUUGUUUAAUUUUAAAGGUAGUAAUUAAAUUUUAAUAUAAUUUAUUGUCGUGCUAUUAUAGAAUUAUUUGGGGGUUUUCUUGUGUGUUUUUAUUUGUUUGAUGAAUGUUGAUUCUUUCUAUUCUUUUAAAAAAAUUACUACCUAGACUUCUUUGAGUCUUCCCUCUAAUAGUAUAUGACUUCCUUUUGCUUUUUAUGUCCACUGGUUUAAAGAAGAUACCAUUGUGAUUGUAUUCUAAAAUUGCACAUAUGUAAUGAAUCAACUGUUGUUUCUGUUGCCUUUUCACUGUAUCUAUGCAUAAUUUUGGCUUAAACUCAAAGAAGGUGAAAUGUUUUAUGUGCCUGUAACUAGUCACAUAAUGACCACAUUUCCUUUUCUCUAGUAUUUUAUUAGUUUCACUUCAAAAAUAUAAUAUUUUCACAAAUGAAUAAAAAAUGAGUUGAAACCAAAA